CCCGGAUGUGGUCGCAGCGGUGCGAACGGCAGCCGUCGGACGUGCGGUAGAAGGAGUUGCGGUAGUUUGCGAACAUCGUAUUUUGUCUUCUUAAAACGGGUUAAUGCGGUGCGCGUUAUGCCGCCAGAGCGACUGUAAAACGAGCGGCUUGGCGAACGUGACGGCAGCGUCUGUUUUGGGGCCGCACACUGGUGCUGGAAAUGAUGGUGCUGCUCCACCCUGCCUGGAGGGGUACCAGGUGACCAGCUGGGACGUGGCUCCCAGCAGCACUGAAGCAGAGCACAGCUGGAGUAGCUGUGGACCGAGCUGUGUGACCAUGUGACACAGAUAUACACACACUGACACAGACACACACACACGUACAUGCGUGGACCCCUGCGGACCAUGGCUCGCCUGGAGGAUGUGGCAAAUGUGGCGCUGCGGGUGCCCAGCAUACUGGUGCUGGACCUGCUCUACAAGUGUGAUGUGGAGAGCUUCACGGAGCAGCUCAGGGCCAGAAACGACGACAUGCUGUUCAAAUACAAAUAUGUCGUCUGGAACGUGUAUUAUCUCGGUCACCUGGCCAGCGUGGUUGUGCUUGCGCUGCCCCUGAGACACAUAGUGCGACUCUACCUGUACGUUCUUACGGCCCUGCUGCUCUAUGUGGGACACCAGAUCUCCAGAGAUUACGUGCGCGGAGAGGUGCAUUCUGGAUACGAGGGAGCUAUUUAUCUGGAUUCUAUGGCUUUCAACCGUUUUGUCAGUGCUCUAACAAGUCAGAUCAUCCUCAGCACGCUGUGUGCCUUCCUGAUGAAGAGCCGACAGGUAUGGCUCUUCUCAGCUCACCUGCUGCCGCUCUUUGCCCGCCUGUGUGCCGUGUCUCACGGCACGCUGCUCAUGGUCAGCUCCUUUGCCACGGUUCUCACGGGCGUUGAGGUGGCCGUGUUUCUGCUCUCCAACCUGUUUGUGCCCUAUCAGCUGGCACGGGCCGCCUACCGGGAGGUCCAGCAGCUGGAGGCCCUUGAGCUGUACAGGCUGCUUGCGCUGGGAAUCUCUCUGUGGAACCAGCUUGCAGUCCCCACGCUCUUCAGUGUCUUCUGGGUUGUGCUCUUCCUGGUGCAGCUCUACUCCUAUGCAACUGCCAGCAAUAACUUUGUCAGCCACCAGGGAGUGCUGUUUUUAUUUCUCACCAGUGUGUCUGAGUGCUGCGCCACUCCCUACUCCCUGCUGGGCCUGACAUUUGUGGUUUCCUACCUGGCUCUGGGCCUGCUCAACCUCUGCAAGUUCUACCUGGGGGGGUUCGCUGCUGUGCAGAACGAGAAUGUCAUGCAUAGAGGUGUGACAGAGGGGGUCACGCUACUGCUCCUGGCUCUUCAGACUGGCCUCCUGGACAUGCAGGUUUUGCAGCGCACCUUCCUCCUCAGCAUCAUCCUCUUCAUUGUGGUCACCUCCACUCUGCAGUCUAUGAUUGAGAUCACUGACCCAGUCAUCUUGGCUCUGGGAGCAUCCCGCAGUAGGUGCCUGUGGAAACACUGUCGAGGCCUCAGCAUGUGCCUCUUUCUGCUGGCCUUUCCCGGCUUCAUGGCCUACAAAAUCUGCCAGUUCUUCCACAUGGACUUCUGGCUGCUCAUCCUUGUGUCCAGCUGCAUGCUCACGUCACUCCAGGUGACAGGCACGUUGCUCAUUUACUCACUAUUUAUGGUGGAGCUGGUGCGACAGGACCCCAUUGAGAGCCUGGACGAGGUCAUCUACUGUGUGAACGCGGUGAGCCGUGUGCUGGAGUUCCUAGUGGCGCUUUGCGUCGUGGCGUACGGCACGUGGGAGUCCCUUUUCGGUGAAUGGAGCUGGAUGGGCGCCUCCGUGAUAAUCAUCCACUCCUACUUCAACGUGUGGCUCCGUGCCCAGUCUGGCUGGAGGAGCUUCCUACUGCGCCGUGAGGCGGCAAAGAAGAUCAACUCCCUGCCACGUGCCUCUGACGAGCAGCUGCGGCGCCACAGUGACGUCUGUGCCAUCUGCUUCCAGGAGAUGAGCUCGGCUGUGGUGACACACUGCGGACACUUCUUCCAUGGAAACUGUCUCCGCAAGUGGCUUUAUGUGCAGGAGAGCUGCCCCAUGUGCCACCAGCCUGUGAAGCCCAGUGUGUCCCCCCAGGGUGGUGGGCCAGAGCCAGCUGGGACGGGGAGGAGGCCUGUGGGGGAGCAAAGCAGUCGUGCCCCCAGCGUGGAAUCUGUGGAAGAAGGAGCUCAUGAACAGUCCCCCCCUGACUCUGAAGGUCAACCCACACAGGAGGAGGACAGGGAGGAAGAUGCCAGCGCGGCACAAGAUGGGGGUUUAUUGGGGUGCCUGUCAUCAGGCUGCUGUGUCGGCACUGGUGGCGACUGGCUGGGUUCCGCGAGCCCGCACUCUGAAGCAGACCACACGGUUGACUUGAAGUCAGAGGGCUGGGAAAGGAGAAGCACCUUAAGCCCCCAACCUGCCUCCGACUUCCUCCACGACGCACACCCUGAGAAAGGCUAUGGAUGCACUGUUGGGAAAAUGGCACCGCAAAGAACAUCGCUGUGUUCCAACAACGGUUCAGUGAGGCAGGGCGGUGUGGUAGACCAUACUGACAGAUCAGACUGUGACCAGGAGAGUCAAGCUUUGACUUGUAGGCAUGACCUCGUGGAAGAUCCCUUUACCUUUAGCAAGGAGGAGGGUGCAGCACUGGGCCAGGCUGAGCUCCGCCCACACAGACAGCUUGAGCAGAACUCGCUGGAUCAUGAGCACAUUGGGGAACACUACCAAACUGACUGGUGUGGCCAGCAGCAGCCCUACUAUGCUGUACAUGAGGAGGACUUGGAGGCCCUGGUUCUCAGUGCUGGCAGUGCAGGAGGAGAGGUGGCCGUAAGCGAGGGCCGCCCUGCCUCGUAGCCAGAGGAACAGGCUCCCUGUGCAGCCAGCCAGCCCCCCUGUCCUAUGUGUGGCAGAACAACCGCACUGCCUUUGUCUGGAAGAUGAUAAACUCCAGCCAUCUGCUAUAAAAAAGGUGUUAACUAGUCCAAAAAGGUACAUAAUGCAGACCAAAAAUAGUUACCUGAAAGCAAACUUGGUGAAAAAUGAAUAAAAAAUGUGGACAUGUGCAAUUAAAAUAUCUCUGUAGAGUCAUUAAGUGUAUUCUGAUGAUGUUCAUCUUGAUCUACAUUGGAAGGAAAUGGCACAUUCAAAUUUAUGGUUCUAUUGGGCCUCUGGUUGUUCUGUGUAUUUUUCACUUUACAGGUUUUGUUCACUUUCUCACAGGUAACAUGCUGGUUCUGUGGUCAUUCUUGUUGCAGUUAUGCAGAGGAAACAUGCUACUGUGGUAAGGCAGGGUAAACGAAAAGGCUGUGCUACACUUCAUGUUCUCAGUGUUUUCUGUUGCCCUUCUGAGUGGCUGUUUAAGGGAGAGUGGUUAGAGCUCUCUAAGGGUCCCUUUGCGAAACGGAGCUCGUGGCC